AUGAACGAAGCUUCUAUUCAAUGGGUGAUGAGAACAAUCAACACGAAUCAAGCUGUUAAGAUUCCUAAAGGCGUCUCCGCUAAGGUUGACGCCCGUGUGGUUACAAUUCGUGGACCAAGAGGAAAACUUACUCGCGAUUUCCGUCAUCUUGCUAUGGACAUCAGAAUGUUGAAUCGUAAGAAGGUCCUCGUCGAAAAAUGGUUUGGUUCAAAGAAAGAAAUUGCUGCUGUGAGAACCGUAUGCAGUCAUAUCGAAAAUAUGAUUAAAGGUGUCACUAAGGGAUUCCAAUACAAAAUGCGUGCUGUACAUGCUCAUUUCCCCAUUAACUGUGUCAUCAGUGAAAACAAUUCUUUAAUUGAAAUCAGAAAUUUCUUAGGCGAGAAGCAUAUCCGUCGCGUUCGUAUGCAGGCCGGAGUCACUGUCGUCAAUUCACCAAAACAAAAAGACGAAUUGAUCUUGGAAGGUAACGACAUUGAAGCCGUUUCACUUUCUGCUGCUCUUAUUCAGCAAUCAACAACCGUUAAGGACAAGGAUAUCCGUAAGUUUUUGGAUGGUCUUUACGUGUCUGAAAAAACCACUGUGGUUCAAGAAGAAGAUUAAGCUUGUGAACUACAUUAAUUGAAGAAAAUAAAAUCUUUCUGAUUAAAAUAAAUAAUGAAAGUGUUAAAAA